UGGUUUGAGUUGUGGACGAGUACUGAAAUGCUGGUUAUAAAAGGAUGGAUUAGCAAGAGUUCACGUCUUCUCUGCAGCUCUCUCACAGAGUCGAGUACAAGUCUGUUUUUCUCCACAUUCACAAUGCGUCUUUAUGGAGCUCUGAUCCUGUUUAUGACUCUGUCCACAGUAUGUGGAUUAAGAUGCUACACAUGUGAUCCUACCAACACAAAAUCCUGCACAGAUAUCUCAGAUUGUCCUCCCCUGAUGGACCAUUGUUUCUCCGCCAAUAUGAACGGUAUCAUCAGAAAGGGCUGCAUGAACAGUGCUCUCUGUGUAAACCCCAUGUCUUGCUGUGAUGAGGACUUGUGUAACAGUGCCAGUCCCACUGGUACCAGUGUCAUCCUCCUGCUGGUGUCCUCAGCCAUCAUCACACUCUUUCUCUGAGAAUAUUUGACUUUUUUUAUUUUACCCAAUUUGUAUAACUCAGGAAGAAUUGACAAUUUCUUGCUAUGUAAAAGCAGUGAAUGAAUACAGAUCAAUAUUUGUUCAAUAAACCAUAAUAUGAUCGACCA